AUGUUGGAACGUACGAACAAUACUUUAACGGCAAAUGAACUUCGAAAUGAUCGUGAUAUGAUGCUUUCGACUGGUACACCUUUUGUCGAUGGUCCAACAACUCAAGAUGCCCUGCCAGUCAUUGAACGAACCUCGCGAAGUAUAUCUCGUCAAAAGGUCACUGUUAUCGUGUCCGUAGCCAUUACUAUUGGUGUCAUAAUUCUUGUCGUCUUAAUACCAGCACUAGGUCUUCGAAAAAGCGAAUGA